ACAUUUCAUGGCGCACACCCAAAAGGCAAAGUUAGGUAGUUUGCUUUCUCUCAAUCUUCCAUGUAAAACCUCAGAAGGUCCCAAACAUGUGGAAAACCCUCAUGAUCUAAACCCUACUUUUGAAAUCAUAAUCAAGACACCUCAAUUGAUUAUCCUUGGUGAAUAAUUUUUCCAUGUUCUAUAUACACACACACACAUGGUUCUAAGGUUGAGACCAAGGCAAUAGAAAAAAUCCCAACUCAUCGAUCAUCUUAUUCUGUCAUUCCAAAUCCAAGGCCAUGGCUCUCAACAGGUCUGUGUCCAUCUCCAAAAAUUAUAUGCUGCUGAAACCAGAAGAUGUCCGUUUCUUCGAUCUCAUUCGCAUCCUCUUCUUUCGUGACAUAGAGAAAAGGAAAUUUGUAAACUGCCCCGAAGGGAUUCAUGAGGAGCCUUUCAAGUUUAGAUGGCUGGUUUUCGUGUCCAUCUUGGCGCAGAAGGUGCUGCAGUGUGUGUCAACACCUUUGGCAUGGUUCGGUAACAAGAUAGAGAUGUGGCUAAACCUUUUGUCAACGAACCACGGCUUUUUUAAGCUAGUGUGGAAUUUUAUGCUCGGGAAGGUGGUAAUUCCAGAUAAGUUAUCGGCUACUUAUUUGUCGCUCUAUGGACACGUAGAUGGACGGGUAGAGUUAGACAAAAACAUUAAGCAUGGUGACAGCAGAUAUUAUGGUGCAUUUUCUGUGAUGGCUGCUAAAAUAUCGUACGAGAACAAAGAUUACAUCAAAAAAACAGUGGAGGACCUCUGGAAGAUGGAGUUCUUGGGCUUCUAUGAUUUUUGGAAUGAAAUUCAAGAAAAGGCUACCUCACAAGUAUUUAUGCUUCGUGACAAAAAUGUUGAUCCAGAACUAAUUGUUGUGGCCUUUAGAGGCACAGAACCCUUCGAUGCAGAUGCAUGGUGCACUGACUUUGACAUUUCUUGGUAUGACUUUCCCGGCAUGGGCAAAGUGCACGGUGGCUUCAUCAAAGCUCUAGGGUUGCAGAAAGAUGCAAGUUUGCCUGAGGAAAUUGAAAAAACCAAUGAUCAACACGCCACAGCUUAUUAUUCCAUUAGGGACAUGCUUAAAGACCUUCUGCAAACAAAUGAAAAAUCAAAGUUCAUAGUGACCGGUCACAGCUUGGGCGGUGCCCUAGCAAUUUUGUUUCCUGCAGUGUUGGCAUUGCAUAAGGAGGAAGACUUGUUGAAGAGAUUGGAGGGUGUGUAUACAUUUGGACAGCCAAGGGUAGGAGAUGAUGAAUUUGGGGAGUUCAUGAAAGAGCAAUUGAAGAACUAUAGUAUACCAUAUUAUAGAUUUGUUUACUGUAAUGAUAUUGUGCCUAGGUUGCCAUAUGAUGACUCCACACUCACGUUUAAGCACUUUGGGACAUGCCUAUACUAUAAUAGCUUCUAUGAAGGCAAGGUUGUUGAAGAAGAACCAAACAAGAACUACUUCUCGCCAUUGUCACUUCUACCAAAGAUCAUAAACGCGAUCUGGGAGCUAAUAAGAAGCUUCAUCAUUUCAUACACAAAGGGACCGGACUACAAAGAAGGGGGUACUCUUCGAGUGUUCCGGUUAAUCGGAUUGGCAAUUGCAGGUAUACCGGCUCAUACAAACCAAGAGUACGUUAAUUGCACUCGAUUAGGAACGCCAGACUUAUAUCAAACAGUUCAAGAUCAUGUCGAAAGCACAACGAAUUCAGAUGUACCCAAUAUUGUGUAACUCUCACCAACUGUGUGUUGUUUCAGUGUUAGUGUGCCCACUAUUGAAACUAGCUGAUUAUUAGCUAGCCCAAAAUAUUGUUUUCGAUCAUCAGAACUUACAAAACUAGUGAUGUGUGUGUUUCCCAUGCACAAGAGUCUUUCAUUCAAUGAAGUACGGUCAGGCCUCCGUCCUCCUCCAAGACCGCCAGAUUAGGAUGGUGUUAGUGAAGAUCGCUGCUUCUCCUGUUGCUGCAAUGGCUGCUAUACCGGAUUUGGGAGUAACUGUCAUGUGUCAUAUUUGGCUGUGAUAUAUACUCUAGAUUAUUGGACUUAUUUGGUUGGGCUUCUAUCUUGGGCUAGGGUUGGUUUAUGUAUUGGAUCUAUCAAUUAGCCUUUGCCAGGUUUUUGCACUGUAUAUUCUAUCUUUUU